GUGUUGUAUAAGUAGAUAUUUUGGUGCUAAGUCGCCUGUUUUGGCAUUUUGUGUACUAAAAAGUUUGGGAACUUCUCGUCAUCAUUCGAUUCGUCGUGAAUCGCCACAGUAAAAAUCUACACUAGCCUGAAUAAAACAAUUAAUUCCUCCGGAGCCCGAUGAAAAAGCAAACAAACCCGAAGGCAGCAAAUCACAGAGCUCCUCGCAACCAAAGACAAUACAGCGGAAAAUGUAUCUUUCGUGCGAAAUCCGUGUAACACAUUUUUUCCAAACCAUCCGUUUGUGUGCCGUGGAGGAUUUCGCCGAUAUGUAGAUACAUUUGGGCAAAGACGGACUGCUUCCCAACGAAAGGAAACCAUUGCGAAGGAAUAAAAUUAAAGUGCAGAGGCUAUGGUUCGGUGCAAAACUAUGGCCUUCAAAGUCCCACCCAGUUAGAAGUAUAUGUGCGUGUGUGUCUAAAUGCCAACUGAUAGCUAAUAUUUUGCUUAUAAUGGACUUUUGUGCAACAUUCGCAACUGCCAGAUAAAAUGAGGGCUAUCCUGAUUGCUCAAGCGAACCCCGAAAAGGCGUCGACAGUAACUAAUCAUAUUUGUUAGCAGCAGAUCUACUAAAAGAGCAAACAUGGAGCCAAAUCAUUAUUACUGCCGGAGCGCCAUGGAGCAGAAUCCCUCGACUUCCAUUCCCCAACAUGCGUCGAACAAACUCAACUAUGGGAUGAACGCUGGCCAGGAUUAUGUGACAUGUAGCUCCGGCCAAUCGCAAUCGGGCUACAGCUCCAAGGACUUGGUUCCGCGCAGUGGGAACAGCAAAGCGCUCGGCGGGAAUGGCAACAUGGGGAGUCCGUACGGAGGAUCUGUGUGCAGCAACAGUGGCCAAUGCAGCAAGAAUACUGCCAACGCUGGGAACUAUAUCAACAUAAUGACUGUUCCACUCGGAACACUGCAGUAUAAUCGAAAAAAGCUAUCUACUCAAGACUACGAAUCGCAUUUAUAUUACAACACUACGGAUGUGAAGUGUCGCGAUGAUUACUAUAUAGCCAACAAUGCCGCAGCAGCAAUGCCGCAGCACCAAGCUCAUCAACCGCAACAGCAGCACCUGCACCAGCAGUCGCAUCAGCAGCCGCAUCAGCACCAACAUCAGCAGCAUCAGCAACACCAGCAACACCAACAGCCCCAACAACAUCAGCAACAUCUGCACCAGCAGCAGCAACAGGCCAACUUUCUCCACAUCCAGCAGUCGCUACAACACAACCACCAACUGAGCCACCCAGAACCAAUCCAUCAGUUGCCCCAAUUACAGGGCACGGUGGCCGAUCCACCAGAUGCCUUCGACAACUGUGCGAUCUUCCCGAGCGCCGGCGUCAGCGGCAACGGAAGUGGACGCGUGGCAGCCACUCAAACCCAUCAGAACCCAUCCGGUGUGGUCACGUGCGACCAGCAGGUACCCGUCUCCCUGGGCUCGGUGAAUAUGCCGGUUCCCCCCAUAAUGUAUACCGUGCAUCGUGUGGUGACCACAGCUCAGAUCCAAACGGCAGUGGGCAGCACCUUCGCCUCGUCGGCCAGUGUGUCCAGUGUGGUUAGCACGGGUCAGAAUGAUGGUGACUGCCUGUCGCCGGCACAGGUGUCCUCCGCCAUGGCCGCUGGAAAUGCUUCAUGUCUGGGUGGCCUACCCGACAUGGGCGCCAACAUGAUGAGCAAUGCAAGUGCACUUUGUCCCCUUUCCGACCUGAGGAGCCCAUCCGGAGUGCUCACCAAUUCCUCAUUCAUGCCACAACAUCACAAGUGCAACAACGGCAACGAUGCCCAAUCCAAUCCCGCAAUCCAAAAACGCCUGAUGGCAACAAGCUCAACUUCGAACUUCGCGACUGCCGGCAAAGCUGCUUCCAAUCUAACCCGUGCUCUCCAAAAUGUAAUCCCCACAUGCGUGUAUCUUAUGUCCCGGGUGGCGGUGCACAUGGAGAUCGAGGGCACUGCCCAGUGUCCAUCGCAAGUGAUGUUGGCAGCCGCCUUGGGAUGCGAGGAGCUAGGCAUAUCCAACAAGUUGUUGGCACAGAGCGUGUUCGGAUUGUGGAUGACAAGUGCUUUACUGGAGAUGCAGCUGAAGGCCCACCACUGCCCCUACAUAGUGCGAGUUGCGUGGCCCAAUCUCCUCCAGAAGUUCAGCAACAGCAGUCCCAGUGAUCGAAAGUUCGAUGAGCCCAUGAUCGUUUUGAAGCGAAACGUCUUCUUCUCCAAGCGAGAUGAGGAGAAAAUAAAAGAUCAUCGGAUCUUGGAGCUCCUCUAUGAAGAGGCCAGAAACAAUGUGCUGACAGGCAGAUAUAUCAUGGAGCCCGUGCAUUCGCUCAUGUUGGGUGGCAUUCAAGCGCGCAUCGAACUGGGUCCUUACAACUCCCACACCCAUACAAUAGGAUUCUUUCGGGAAAACCAAGCUAGGUUCUUGCCUCCUCACGUGGCCAAGAGCUCCACUUGGCUGUGGCUACCGAUCAGCCAGAAGAAUUCUGCGGAGGUGAAGCUUCUGGAGCAAUUCAAGCGGGUGCCCCAGACGGCCACCACUCGAAAGUUGAUGCGGAAAUACCUGGAAUUCUGCUGGGCUCUGCCGUUCUAUGGCGCCGCAUAUUUUCAUGGCCAAAUAGAACAACCUGUUAGGGGAAUUAUGGCACUGGUCAACCAGAAGGACAUGGAGGUUUUGGUCGCUGUCAAUGAGAGAGGGGUUUUCGUAAUAGAUCCGUACGAAUGUACCCUCUUGCUGGGAUUGCGAUACGAGGAUUUGUCGUGGGAUUACGCAAAGCCAAGUGCAAGUGAUGAUCCCGAAUGCCUCACUUGCAUCUUCCUGCAGUUCGAUGCCGUCGAGAACGGAAUACAAGUGUCCAAACUGAUGCAAAUAUUUUCGAAGCAAGCUGCCAUGAUAGACGCACUUAUAUCACAUUUUACGGAUCAAAUCAGAAACAAAAAACAGGAGGGUAACACUCAAGAACCUUUUCACGAUGAGCCAAAUCCUAUUCAAAAUAAUGGAAAUGGAGUCUUAUGCAAUAAGCUGUCUCGAUUAACUUUGGCCACCUUUGAUGAGGAGGGAGGUCGUUGCAUUGGGCAAAUGGGAUCAUUAUCUAUAAGCUAUUAACAUUUGUUACUAACGAUAAAGUAAAUUUAAGUUAAGGGGUGUUGAAUAAAGUUCACGCAUAUAUUCACGAAUUGUUGAUCGAUUUCCAUAAAUAUACUCACAAGUAAAUUUUUAGCAAACGGAAUCUUCACACUCAAAGUCAUCUUCAUAGUGCAUUCCAAUAACCUUAAUUGUUUUCUAAUUUUACAAAAUGUCGGUGAUCAUUAUUCGAAUUUUAAUGAAUGGUACAAUAAGUUACUUAAGACUUACACUAAGUUACAGAAUAUAUCGCUGACGGCACUGGCAAACGAAGAUUCCAUUAUAUCCGCACCCAUCAUAUAUUUUAUUUGCCGCCAAAGAGUUAAUAUUAUUUAUUUAUUAUUGAAUUGAUUGAAAUUAUUGCAUGCAUUCCCAUUGAUGCCCCCGAAUAGUUAUCUCUUUUUAGUUUAAAGUUAUGAUAAGGCAUGCAGUAUAUAUUAAGAUAUAUAUUUAUAUGGGUAUGUGCAUUUGACGUAUGCGUUCAGAAUUAGUUUAAUAAGCCUUCGACUGAAACAAAUUAUGUAUAUAAUAACAAUAAAGUGUAUGUACAAAAUGUAAGGGCUAACUGCCAACAUAGGUUAUGUAUAUAUUUAAAUUUGUAUGUAUGUAUAAAUUGAGACUUAAAAUAAAUACCGUUUCCUCAUAUUUA